UCUUCUGUCCCCCAAACACCCAACCAAAAACCUUUUCCAAUAUUUUGAAGUGGAAGGAGGGCAAAAUCAUUAGAUUGUUCUUAAAGUGAAAAUGGCGACGGAGGUAGAAGUAAGCAGAGAAGAUCAACUUAAGUUUCCGUAUUGGAGUCCGAUUAGACGACGGUUCGACCCGGAAUCUUCAUUCUUCGCUGCCGGCAACGUCGAAAGAGAGCUCCUUGCCAAACAGGUUGCAUUGGAUUUGACCGAAGAAGAGAAGCUGCAGUUUCGCAAUAUGGAAGAUGAAGAAAGCAGUAAAUUAUACUGCCCACUUGUUGGUUGUGGCGCACAUUUGAGAUCUUUGGAUGAGUUUGAAGAUCACUAUACUUCACGGCACUCUGCAGCUUGUUCGGUCUGCUCAAGGGUUUAUCCUACGUCACGCCUGCUAAGCAUUCAUGUCUCUGAAGUUCAUGAUUCUUUCUUUCAGGCAAAAGUCGCCCGUGGUUUUGCAAUGUAUGAAUGUCUUGUCGAAGGUUGUGGUCUAAAGCUGAAGAGCUACAAAGGUCGGCAACAACAUUUGGUUGAUAAGCAUAAAUUUCCGACUUCGUUUGAGUUCUUCAAGAAGGCCCAUCCAUCAAAGAAACAAAGGAAAAAAGACCAGCAUAAACAAGCAUUCGGAACGAAAGAGGCUGCUUCAAGAGCUAUGCAAAUGGAGGAAGACACGAUGGACAACCUUGUUUCAGCUGUCUCUAAAUUGAGCACUUCUGACUCCCCCUCAUCCAUAAGUUUUGGCCGCCGCCAUAAUCGUGGAUUGACAUUUGUUCCUCGGGCUGUUCGGCAGGCGAAGGAACCAGAGUCUUCUGCCAGAAGGAGUUAAAGGCGGAAUCCCCUUUUGAUUACGAGUCUGUUGGUCGACAACGGCAUGAUUUGUCGACAACGGCAUGAUUUGCCUCUAUUUUCGAGUUGGUUGUGUAGAAUUGAAGGAUAAAGGUAUCUAUAUCCUCUUUUGACGGCAAUUCAAGUAUGGCUGCGACAGCCUGGAAUGCAGUAGUAGGACUCGCCGAGACUGGAGUUUGCUUGCAUGCAUGGGCUUCGUUCAUUUCCUUCGGAGGUGGGAUCUUCUGUGAAGUUAUGUAGUGCUAUUUGACUUUGCUUCACUGAGAGAAAUGGCCAUCUACUAGUACUACUCCCACUUCGCUAACUAAUUGGCUGCUAUUCUGAGACAGACACAAGACACACAAAGGACUUUUUAACUCCAUUUGUAAUCGUGGACUGAUAUAAAAUCUCAGACUCCGCCUUUGUAUUCGAUUUUCCCGCUGGAGAUAAUCUAAUCUUGUUGGAUAGCAGAAUAUUUGAAAAAUUAUUUGGAAUAAUUAGUGUACUUUUUGCAAUAUUAA